AUGCCGGACAAAAAUCCGGGGAAUCGAAAUGGGCAACGAAACAAGAAGUUCUUUGCCAAUGAAAUAUCAUCGAUUGGCAUGUCACUACGACCGAGCGGCAGUUCCUCUUCCGGAAUAUCAAGUCUGGCAAGUUGCGGCGAAGUUGGAGCAUUACCGGAGUUGCCAGCCCAAGAUGAGGAGCGUUUGCAAAGAGCAGCACGGCUGUUACAACAACGACUAGUAUUACGGCAAUGGCUCAGUGAUCACGGACUCAGUUCUUAUUACCAAAAGCUAAUGCAGAUGGAUGUGUUAUCCUUGGAAGACGUGUACUGGGUUGAGGAUAAUGAAGCGCGUAGUACUCUUGGGAAAGAUCUCCCAAGGUGGAUUCAAGCUCGUCAAACUUUGCCGACAUCCAAAGACGAUCUUGAGUCACUCAAAUCCGAUUUAUGGAGCUCAGUUGUUAAAAACAGCCAACAUCAAGAUGCCUGGACAUGGGGAGGGAUGCUGGUGGUUUCAGUAUCAGUGGCGGGGCUGGUUACCCUUGCGGCUAUGACCCAGCCAGCAUUGGCACCAGAAGCGAAGCAUUCACUCCUUCAGUAUGUAACUGGAAAAUAUUUGCUGCCAAGCAAUUGCCGUGUUCAUUUCGAGUGGGAGGAACCGCAGUUAGUUGGAGAAACUAUGACGUUUACUGUUAAAUUUUAUCAACGUAAUGGACAACCCUACCCAAUCUGCGACAAAGACAAUCUAAUAAUAGAUGUUUCUGAGGGUACAAGACGUGUAGCAACCCUAAUAGAUUUAGGCGGAACAGAUCCGUUAGCGGCUAAUACUGCUGUUGUUAAAUUUACCGUACGACAUGCUGGACAGUAUCGUAUAGCUGUGUUAAUUGGUUCUUGUCAUGUACAUGGCAGUCCUUUUCUUAAAAACUUUCUUCCUGGGCCACCGGAUCCCAAUAAAACAGUAUUUGUACGGCAGAGCUCAACUGUCGUAUGCACAGCUGGAAUCGCGCAUUCCAUGACAAUAGAACCCAGAGAUGAAUACGACAAUCUGUGUAUUGGGUGUACAGAGGAAGGUCAAGCCGUGGUCUGUAAUAUACAGUUGGAAUACGAUCAACCGAAUCAGAGAAUCCGAUUAAAAGUUGGAUUUCCAAAGGGUGGCUGUUAUCACGCAACAGUAAGUCUUGCAGGACUGCAGCUGCACAAUGGGGACUUUGAUAUCAUCGUACUUGAUAGUUCUGUAGCAAGAAUGGUACAUAAUAACGUUGCUUCUAAAGACCCAGAUAUCUGUUACGCUGCUAAAUUAUUAGGGAUGCAAGAUAAACAAGAUUUUUUUUACCAUGAAGUUAGAAAGCAUCAUCAAAAGCAUUAUCAUGAAAAACUUACUAUCAAAGUUCAAAGAGAUAAAUUAUUAGAAUCAUCAAUGAAAGCGACAAAAAGCUUUUCAAUAAGCGAUUGGUGUCGGAAUUUCGAAAUCACAUUCCAAGGAGAACAAGGUGUUGACUGGGGCGGAGUAAGGCGUGAAUGGUUUGAAUUGAUAUGCGCAGCACUAUUUGAUCCAGGAAAUGGGUUAUUUGCAUCAUUCGGUGAAUCACAACAAGCCUUAGUACAUCCUAAUAACAAAAGAUCUCAAAAUCUCAAGUGGAAGCAUUACGAAUUCGCAGGACGUAUUGUUGGUAAAUGUUUGUACGAAUCAGCUCUUGGUGGGUCUUAUCGUCAGUUAGUUAGAGCUAGAUUCACGCGUUCAUUUCUUGCACAAAUAAUAGGCCUUAGAGUUCAUUAUAAGUAUUUUGAGCAAGAUGAUCCCGAUUUAUACCUAAGUAAAGUUAAGUACAUUUUGGAGAACGAUGUUGAAGAAAUGGAGUUAUUUUUCGUAGAAGAAGAGUACGACAAAGAUGGACAGUUGACGAAAGUCGCUGAAUUAAUACCUGGUGGUAGUAAACUACGUGUUACAAAUGACACUAAAUUACGUUACUUAGACGCUCUUGCUCAGCAUCGACUUGCAAGUUCUAUCAGAAAUGAAGUUGACUCAUUUUUACGUGGUUUAAAUGAACUUAUUCCUGAUAAUUUGCUCGGUAUAUUUGAUGAAAAUGAAUUGGAGCUUUUACUUUGUGGUACUGGCGAGUACAGCGUAGCAGAUCUUCGUGCGCAUCACGUAGUAAACGGCAGCUCUCCGGAAUUUUUACGCGUACUAGACUGGUUUUGGACGGCAAUUAGUAACUUUACGCAAGAAGAGAUGGCCCGAUUGCUCCAAUUUACAACUGGCUGUUCGCAAUUACCACCCGGAGGCUUCCAACAAUUAAGCCCACGAUUUCAAAUCACCGCUGCUCCAACUUUUGCCAAUUUACCCACUGCUCACACUUGGUACUUUAACCAACUCUGCCUGCCUGAUUAUGAAUGCUACGAUCACUUCGAACGCGCUCUACUGCUGGCCAUCAGCGAGGGAACUGAAGGUUUUGGCAUGAUUUAA